AUGCUCAUAAUAGGCCUCACCGGCUCCAUCGCGACCGGCAAAUCCACCGUCUCCUCCAUCCUCUCCGCAGCACCCUACUCCCUCCCCAUCAUCGACACCGACCUUAUCGCCCGCAAAGUCGUCGAGCCCGGCACCCCAGGCUACAAAGCCAUCGUGAACUACUUUGGCCCAACCACCCCGGAUCUUCUCCUCCCAGCAUCUGAUCCCAAUGACACAACAGCAACCACAAACCGCCCCCUCAACCGCCCUGCACUAGGCCGUCGCGUCUUCGGCACCACCGAAGCCCGCAAGCGAGACCGCGCCAUCCUCAACAAGAUCGUGCACCCCGCCGUACGGCGCGAGGUCUACAAAGCACUGCUAUACUACUAUGUGCGCGGUCACUGGGCGGUGGUUCUGGAUGUGCCGUUGCUGUUUGAGAGCGGGAUGGAUCUGCUGUGUGGGACGGUGAUGGUGGUGGGGGUUUCGGAUCCGACGGUGCAGAUGGAGAGGUUGAGGAAGAGGGAUGCGCAUCUUACGGCGGAGGAUGCGGAGAAUCGAGUGAGGAGUCAGGGGGAUGUCAAGGGGAAGGUGGAGAGGGCGGAGUAUCGGGGGGUGAAGUCGGCGAGGGGCGUGGUGGUGUGGAAUGAUGGGGAUAAGGGGGAGUUGGAGAGUGAGGUGCAGAGGGCGAUGAGGGUGGUUAGGAAGAGUACGCCGCAGUGGUGGGCUUGGAUGUUGUGGUUGGUGCCCCCGUGCAUUUGGUGCGAAGGAGUCAGGUACUAUAGCUGGUAUCUAGAACACGCGCUAAAGAUGUGCUUCUGCUUCGAUGAAUUGGAAUACUGGGUGGAGGUGGACGAGCGAAGUCCUACGCUAUACCGCAGACGAGAGCAGCGUGCAGAUAGCUCAUCGCUUCCUCCCAACGUUUACCUGCAAGCAUACCGGCCAAUCGACCCAAAAAGACAGUAUAAUACUACCCUUCAGACCCGUCGUCUGCAGUACACUGGGGGCAUUCCACAGAAGCGCGUUCAUCUAGUCCCAAAGAGUGAGCUCUUGGAGCUGGGCAAAGAGGCCUGGCUCGAGCGCCGCAGAAAACACGCGCAGCUCCAAGAAUCUUGCAAACAACUCAUGGAACGCCAAGAAAGAGAUGAAGAGUCUCGUCAAGCUCAAUGUCAGCCAGGAGAGAAUACCCGACAGCAUAACACGUCCUCAUACCAGUACACGAACGGCCAACCUGCUGUCCGUAGGUCAGCAAUGCAGUCUGCCAGAUAUCUGUACGGUCCCACUGCCGACAGAGUAGAACCAAGAGUGAAUGCAGUCGUCGACUAUGAUAGAUCAAAAGACAAAUAUCCCGGCAGAAGCCAUUGGUAUGGCACAGCGCCUAAGAGUGGUACCGAUGCCCACCCGUACUCAUAUUCACCCAUGACGGGCUACCACGACCGAGCAUAUGAGGCCUACCAGGCUCAUGAUCACGUCCAAGCGAGGGUUAACGGGACUUAUUGGUAA